UUUCGUAUUAUAAACUACUAAUUUCAAGUUGAGAAAAAGUCUUGAUGGCGUUCGCGUUGCUAUUCACAAAAAUAAGAUAUUUUUUGGAGUUCAAACGAACAAUUUACUGCAACAAUUUGUAAAAAAUCUAUAAUUUCUUCAUCGAAAAAAUUCCAUUUCGGAACAUUGAAUUAAUGUGAGUGUGUGUAAAUUAAUAUUCGUGUGGUUUUCAGCAUUUUCAUAGCAAUUUCAACAGUAAAGUUAUCAAUAGCGCGGGAACUUAUUACACUGAGUUAAAGAACGAUAAAUAUACAUAUAUACACACAACAAAAGUUAUUUCAUACGCAUAUAUUUUUGUAGUCAAAACACACGAAAAAUUGCUCGAAAACAAUUUACAACAAUCAAAUGAGUUAAAAGCCAAACAGAAUACAUAUCAAAUUCAAACGUAGCCAUUACGAGGUAGCCGAAUAUAAAAAAUUUCAAAGCAAAACACAAAUAAAACUAAAUCAAUUGGCAGAGUGUAUAAAGCGACGACCUUUCGAACAAAACAAAAAAUAAAUUAAAUUUAUACAACACACAAAUCGCAUAGAGAAUAUUCACAAUUAAAUUUUUGUGUGUAAAUCGUUUAGACUCAAUUUGACAUUUCAUCAAUCAAAUUAAAAUGAACCGUUCAAAAUGAUGUCGGGCAAAGUAAGAGGACGAGGCAGACCAAGAAAAUCAAACAUCAGCCAACGUGAUGCAAAUGUUAACUUAGAUUUAGACGAUAAUUUGUUGUUAGAAUAUGAAAUUAAAAAUUGUUCUGUUGAAUUGACUCCCAUAAAUAUAGAGCAAAGUGCAAUGGACGAAACGUCACCAACACCACCGCCAGUCGCACCGAAGCGAAGAGGUCGCAAACCGAAAAAUCCAUUGGCAGCAAAAGCCAAUGAAACACCACUGAAAACAGCAAAUGCAUCGGAUGACACCAAACCAACCGAUGGAAAAAAUGAGUCUGUCGCUGAUGAAAGCAUGGAAAAGGCAGAGAAACCCGUUAAAUUAUCGUUGAGCGAACGAAAACAAGCGAGAAAGGCUCAAAUUGAAGCAAUCAUUGCUAGCGGUGGCCGGGGAAAGCGAACACCAAAACCAAAUCCAAGAUAUAUGGAUGAACCAGCGGUAAGUGGAAGCAAAUUAAGUUUCAAAGAUGACGAUGAAGAGAAUGUCGAAGGUGAAGAUGGUGACGACGAAAUGAAUUUAUCAUCGGAUGAUUUACCGCGCAAUGAGGGACCUUUAAAAAAGCGUAUGCUGCAAAAAGUUGGCAUCAAAUCGGGACCGGGCAGAAAACCAGGCUCGGGUAAGGGUACACCGGGACGAAAACCAGCCGGUUUGGUUGCAAUCAAACGAAAAAUUGAUAUUGAUAUUGACAUUGAUGACGAACAUGGCAAACAACUGUUCUUGGACGCUAAGAGGCGCUUUCAACACUCACCAUCUGGCAGCGAAGAUGAUGGACAACUCAAAAAGAGUAAAAGCCCAGUCACCGAUGCACUUGCAGCAAAAUUACGUUCAAAAUAUCCAAAUGAUUCAUUUACAGUCAAGCGCACAAUUGGUUCAGACAUCAAAAAUUCCCCAAUAAAUCGCGUUCGAUUGUUGGAAAGGAGCAAACUCGCUGUACAAAAGGAUGGAAGAAUUGAACUGAGACAACGUAAAUUCACGGACGACACUGAAACAUCUGAAGAUGACUUUGGGCGUGGAGCAUCUGAUCAGGAUGGAUCAUCACCGAAAAAUAUCAAUCGUCGCAAAACUCAGCACACAAAAAUUCUCUCCGAUGACAAAGUAAUUCGGCCAUCUUCAUCUGGUGCACCGACCACAAUUAUUCGCAAACAAAUCGGAAAUACCAUGGCAAUCACGAGGCCAAUCAAUAAAUCACCACUGGCACAAAGUCAAUUGAUCCAGUCGAAACUAGGCUCGGGCGGUAGUGUAGCAAAAACCUACUCCAUAUCACCGCAUUCACGUGUAAUUGGAUCAAAUAAGCCGGCAAUCUUACGACAACCGCCACGAAUUCUGAAUUCAACACUUUGUAAACCGACAAAUAAAGUAACUGUGCCAUCGCUUGUCACUAAAGUCGUUACAAAAGACGAUUAUGAAAGUGAGCUGAGCAAAAAGCGCAACAAUAAUAUCAUUUCAUCGCGAUCGAAAGAGAACAAUGUCACAUCAUACGUGUACACGGAAAAGGAUGGAAAAAUGAUUCCCAAAAAACAAAUUAUACAAUCGUCAACACAACAAAAGCUAACGCAACAAUCGAAAGCCACUUUGCCCGUUGUUCGAACACCAUCCUCACAGCAACGAAUCAUUAGCGAGCCUGUAACGAUGAACAUACCAAAUAGCAGGCGAAUUCGUAAGAUAACAUGCUUUGAGACGUGGUAUGUCAUAAAAAUGAUUGAGGAACAACCAAAAGUCGAGAAAUCCAUACUCAAUCUAAGUCUCAUGCAAAUCGGAAAUGAAAUCAAGAAAAUUGAGUUGCCUUCUAGUGAGUGGAACUACAAAAUUUUACUACAACCGCUCAAUAAACAUUUCUUGGCGUUGAGACAAACCAAAGCUAAUAAAAAUUCGACUGAUACCAAGUCAAAGGAGACGGAAGAAAAGAAAGCGGCCGCUGAAAAACCGAAUGAAACCGAUAACACAACUGACACAAAAGAAAGUGACACAAAAACCAAGGCGAAGAGUGAGACAGAAGACAUUAAGGAGGAAACAAGUUCAAAAGACAAUGAACAAUCAACAAAAUCACCGAAAGAGGAAGAAUCAAGUGCGGAUGACUCAGCUGCUUCGACCGAUGAAAAGGAGCCAAAAGAAGAAAGUGAAUCUGAAGUGAAAUCCGAAGAUAAGAAAGAAGAAGCAAAGGUUGAGCCAAAAUCGGAAACAGAUGCAGAGAGCAGUGAAAAAACAGAGCAGGAGCAAAAAGAGCAGAAGUCUGAAGAGCCUGAGAAGUCAACUGACAAAAAUGAGUCAAAUGAUCACGAUGUGUACACUGGUGAAGUGCAUGAUCCAAACAUCAAUCCGGAUGACAAACAAAACUAUCGACCGAUCAACAUAAUGUUCCGUCGCAAGUGUCAAAAUCCAAAUAUUCGCAUUCAAUUCGAUCGAACUGUAAUUUUGAAGAAUCAAACAUUCUAUUUGAAUGUGGAUGGUAAAAAUGUGCGAUUGGUUGCAUCACCGCAACAAAUCAAUACAUAUGAUGAUAUCGCAACGCUAUUGCAAAUCGUGAAUGAUAUUAGUCUGAAUAGCUGUUGUGUCGAACUUGCAACUCACAUUGGUUUAAAUUAAUUUAAUAUAUUGAACAAUUGAGCGAUGUAAACAAAAGAAAAUCAAACUACGCAAAAUCCAUCAUUGCAAUGCGUAACCGUAGUUUUGAAAUCAAUUGAAAGCAUUCACAAUUAACUGUUGUACAAUACAAUUUAUAAUUUUUUUUGUUCGACGUUUGACAGAUAAAAGUGAAAAGGUUUAUCGAACGUUUGUGACGUUCAACUUUAAUGAAUACAAACAAUUUUUCUUCUUUUUCUUUCGUAAGACAAAACAAAAACCAUCAAGAUCACCAUUAUUUGUUUUUCCUUCAU